AUGCCGACAAUGUGGCUUUCAGAUUCCCAGAAGAUUGGAGUCGCCUUCUGUUCAGGGGGCGGCUUCUUUCUGCUAGGAGGUGUGAUGAUGUUCUUUGAUCGCGCAAUGCUGGCAAUGGGAAACAUCCUUUUCAUAAUCGGCCUAACCCUCAUAAUCGGCUUCCAAAAAACUGCGCUCUUCUUCGCCCGCCGUCAGAAAUGGAAAGGCACUGCUGCGUUCAUCGCCGGGAUUGCGCUCAUUCUGCUCCGCUGGCCAUUCUUCGGGUUCCUGAUCGAGUUAUACGGCAUCCUCGUACUGUUCGGCGAUUUCUUCGCAACGAUUGGGGGGUUCGUGGGGAAUGUACCAGUUGUGGGUCCGUAUAUUGCGCAGGCGUUGGAGAAGAUUAGUGGGGGCAGGAGGAAUGCUGAACUACCUGUUUAA